CUUUUCGAUCCAUUCCACGAUGUGUUACUACCAAAAAACAAUGGGCGACUAAAUUUCAAAUUUGUUGAAAGGACUGAAGUCCACGGUUGAAAUUACACCGACUAGUUUCUUCGUUCUUCAUGAUUUGAUUGUUAAUCAACUCCUAGUUUGGCAUCCGUAUUUUUCCAUUUUCCUAUAAAUCUUCUUGUGCAUAUUCAUUCUUCCCCAAUUCAAUAUCUAUACUCCAAUUUCGGAAAAUCCAUCCGUUUAUCAAUCUGGAACCAUGUUCUUUCUCAAGUUUUCAUGGUGUUUACUCUACCUUACACGCCAAAUUCAUCUUCUCCACUCGAUCUCUGCUUUGUUGCCGUAUUGGCACUUCAAUCAUCGUCAUCUUCUAGCCUAACUCCUCAAUUAAAAUACCGACCCAAACAGAGAACCCACAACUCAUUUGGAAAUGACCUCUUUCCUAGGGCAAAUCAACAUCUCGGGCUUCUCAAAAUAGGAUGAUCGACGACACGAAGAAGAAGAUGAAGAGGAUGCAAUCGAAUCGAGAAUCUGCUCGACGAUCGCGAAUGAGAAAGCAGAAGCGAUUUGAAGAUUUAACAAGCGAAGUGAGAGAAUUACAGAUUGUGAACAGUCGGAUUGUAGAAAGCGUCAAUGGCAGGGAGGAAGCAAUGGUUGAAAUUGAAUCGAUGAAUAAUUUUUUGAGAGUCGAAGCAAUUGAAAUGACGUGCCGGCUUAGAGCCUUGGAUUUGGUGCUUCAAAUCCAAGACGAUGCGAACGCUGUUGCUUUUGAUGUUCGUGAUCCUCUGUUGGAACCUUGGCAACUCAACCAACAAAAGCAGCCACCGCCGCCGCUGAUGGCGGCGGAUUACGGUACGUUUUUGGUGUAAUGGUGGAAAGUUCGAUUUCCAUCUCCGAUCAAUGAUGUACUUGAAAAACGAAAAAUUUAAUCAAUGUGUUUCAAUUUGAUCGUAGAUUAAGCUUUCAAAUUACGAAGUUGUUUAUAAUAGAUGUAUAAAUUUAUUUCGCAUCUAACAAUUUAUGGUACUCCAACGUCUAUAACAAUUAUUGUA